ACAAACAAUAUAUGCUCUCUGGCCAGCUGCUAUCUCUCGUUUUUGAGGAUUCAUUCAGGAGAAUGAAUUGUGACUUGAGGAGAAAAAUUGAUAAACAUAUAGCUGAAAAGUCAAGCGAUGUGAACAUGGGUUCCCAAAGAGUCAGAGAGUCGGAGGGUUUAGAGGAGCCGCUGGUUAUCUCGGCAGUCGCGACAAUGAAUCAGCGUCGGCAUGUAAGGUUGUUUCUAGGUUAUCAUUCAUUGAAUUGUUGGGACAGAUGACAAGGAUCUCACCACAAGGUGAAGAGUGUAUAAAAGCUACCGAUGCUAGUCGCAGAGCAGUGCAAUCUAGUCAGUAGGUGUUGCUUGUGGGUUGGUAAAAAACUUGGCCUUGAUGACUCAUGUUACUGCUGAUCAGGAUGACAGCUCUUUUGCUCUUCUGUGCUAUACAUUUGGAGUGGAGACUUUGGAACUGCUUCUGCAAGAUCUUUUUACUAGAGAUUCCUACGUUGUCAUGUUAAAUGGAGUUAUUAUAGGCAAGCACAGGCAGCCAAAGAAAUUUGCUGAUGAUAUGAGGAAGCUACGACGCUCUGGCAGAAUGAACAUGUUUACUAGCAUCUAUGUGAAUGAAAAACAGGGCUUGGUGUGCAUUGAUACAAGUGGUGGACGUUUGUUCCGUCCACUUGAAAGAGUUCUAAAUGGUGUUCCUAAGGUUAAAGAGCACCAUGUGAGAGAGUUAAAGAUGCAAACGAAGAGAAGGAUAUCACACAAGCGAAGACACAUGUUGAGAUUGAUCCAUCUACAAUCUUAGGUGUGUGUGCUGGUUUAAUACCUUAUCCUCACCACAACGACUCAAAAUACAACACGUAUCAGUAUGCAAUUGGUAAGCAAGCUAUGGGAAGCAUUGCUUAUAACCAGUUUAACCGAAUGGAUGCUUUGACAAACAUUUUACUUUAUCCCCAACGACCUUUGCUAACAACGAUAUCAAUCAAACUGGUUGGGUUUGAUAAGCUAGGAGCGGGGCAGAACGCUAUAGUUGCUGUGAUGAGCUAUAGUGGCUAUGACAUUG